UGAUAAUCCCAAAAUGGAAUCGGAUCGUUUUAUAGUAAACAAUAAGAAUAAAACACCAAAUGUGAAUACAGAAAUGGAAAAUUAUAAAUUUAAAAAAUCCAAAAAGCCGUAUGCAACAGUAAAUGUUGAUCAAUUUGGGUAUACAACAAAUCAAUCGUCGUCAAUAAAUUUUUUCGUGUGUGUCCUAUGUGUAAUUUGUGUUACUCUUAGUGUUUAUAUCUUGUAUCGCGAAAAUUUACUUGAAUCGCGUGUAAAAUAUUUAGAGGAUCAAUUACAACAACGAAUUUUGACAUCGCCGUCAAUUCUAAGUGAUGGAAAGGAAAAGGAGAAUAAUGAUGAUCAGGUUCUAAUACAACGUUUACGGCGUGAAGUUGAAUCACAGUUUCAACAACGAGUUCAUCGUGAAAUUGCAAGUAGCCGGCGAAUGUUAAUGGAAGCUGAACAACGUUUGCAUAGAAGGAUUGCACGUGAGGCACAAUUGCCAUCGCCUACAGCUGCAGAAUGUGCUUGUCCACCAGGGCCACCAGGACCUCCAGGUCCACCAGGAAAACGUGGUAGAAAAGGCAAAAAAGGUGACAACGGAGAACCUGGACCACCGGGCACAACUGGUCCUGCUGGAAAGAAUGGAUUUCCGGGACCAAUUGGAUUAGAUGGACCCAAAGGCGAUCCAGGACGACCUGGUGAAAAAGGACAAAAAGGUGAACUUGGCAAUCCUGGUUUUGAUGUAUUUUCGGCAGUAAAGGGAUUGAAGCGAUCUGUGACCACUCUUAGGGGUGGAUCAUUAGGAUACGCUGAAAUAGUGGCGGUAAAGGGUGAACCAGGAGAACCAGGGCCACCGGGACCACCAGGACCGCAAGGACCUGAAGGAUUACCAGGGCAUGAUGGACGAGUUGGACAACCAGGAGAACCAGGCACACCAGGAGAACGAGGUUUACAGGGUCCAUUGGGUCCAAUAGGAAAAACUGGCGAACCUGGCCCACCUGGUCCAAAAGGUCAAAAGGGUGAAUAUGGUUUAAUGGGCGUUGCAGGUUAUCCAGGAUUACCUGGUCAUCCAGGAUUACCAGGUUUACCAGGGAAGAACGGUACAAAAGGUGAUCGAGGAUACCCAGGUUUUCCAGGAGAUAAAGGAGACAAAGGUGAUCGAGGUUUAACAACAACUCUCAGCGGUGAUAAAUUUCCAACUGGAAUUAUUGAAGGACCACCAGGCCCACCUGGACCUCCAGGCCCACCAGGAGAAAAGGGUGAUAUUGGUCCUGUAGGUCCACCAGGAUUACCAGGCGAGAAAGGUGCACGCGGAAAACGUGGCAAACGGUUAUUACUUGGUUUCAAGGGUAUGGAUGGUGAGGCAGUAGAAAGAGGUUUACCGGGUCUUCCCGGCCCUAAGGGUGAGACUGGUGAUCCAGGUCCUAAAGGAGAAAAAGGCGAAAGAGGUGAACAUGGACUUGCAGGCGCAAGAGGUGAACCUGGUCCAAUGGGUCCACAAGGCGAGAAUGGUUUGGAUGGUAAACCUGGUCCGCAAGGUCCACCUGGAUUACCUGGUCAAUCCGGUCCUAAAGGUGAAAAAGGAGAAUAUGGUGAUAUUGGUCCACCAGGUUUGAUGGGUCCACCAGGCUUACCUGGACCACCUGGCUAUCCUGGACAAAAAGGUGAAAAAGGUGAUAAAGGAGAAUCGAAAUACAAAAAACUUAGACGAAGACAGGGUGACGGAACAGGAGAACCAAAUACAAGCUAUGGCGAAAUAAUAAUGGGACCACCGGGACCACCAGGAAACCCAGGUAUACCAGGACUUCAAGGACCGCCUGGCAUCAAAGGCGAUCGAGGAAACGAUGGAGCUAAAGGAGAAGCAGGUGAAAAAGGAGCCAAAGGUGAUCCGGGACCAAUGGGAUUACCGGGUCCAAUGGGCUUACGUGGUGAAGCAGGUCGAGUAGGCGAUAUUGGAAAACCGGGAACACCGGGUCCACCUGGUCUCGAUGGGAUGAAGGGUGCCCAAGGUGAACCAGGAAGUAAAGGUGAACGAGGCGAUCCUGGAUUACCAGGCACGGAUGGUAUUCCUGGUCAAGAGGGACCAAAAGGCGAUAAAGGAUAUAAAGGGGAUGCUGGGCCAAUUGGUAAGCGUGGGCGUAAAGGCGAUAAAGGAGAUAAAGGUGAUCAAGGUGUUCCAGGAUUAGAUGCUCCAUGUCCAUUAGGUCCAGAUGGAUUACCUCUUCCAGGUUGUGGGUGGCGUCCGCCAAAGGAUAUUACGACUCAGCCAAGUAUAGCAGGUGAAAUUGGUGGUGAAGAAACAGAAAGUGCUGAAGAUCCUGAUGAAUACUAUGACCCAGCUGAAGAUGAUUACGAUUAUAAUGAACAAACAAAUAACGCUGGACCAGCAAUAUCCAGUUCGGUUAAAUAACACAUACUGAAUAUAUUAAUAAAUUUUUUUAUAUUCUUUAAAAGUUUUU